CCUGCAACCAACGGCAAGAUGUUUUUGAACGGGAUGUACACCGAUGGUUAUACUUGCCGCUUACUAUUCUGUCGUCGUACUGAACCAUCUUCGUCAACUAAAAGCAUUGCCCUAGAACUCGAUGACUUUAACUCUGACGAGGUAAAUACUUAUUUUAGGCCAUGUACUGUUGAUCCCGGAAGGAAGGAUGUGUUUGUAUCCUACCAUGGAGACAAUGAUGUGAGACGUCUUUCUUCAAAAGAAUACUACAAUAUGGGCGGUGUUACGCAAAGACAUAAAGAGGAACAAGAACUCAAGAAAAGCUUGGGUAUUGAUCAAAUUGAGACCAAUAUCCCCUCACCUAAAACCACGUCUCAUGAUACCUAUAUACUGUAUAUUACGUAUAUUCUCCAACAUAUUGAUACACUUUUUAAUUUAUACGGGUUUAGAACUACCAAUAAUAGAUGGUGUAAUUAUAUCGCAUCACAAAAGAGUAUAGAGGACGCCGUUAAUAUCCUUUUAAACGGAUCAACAAAGUAUAACAAGAAAAGAAGGAAAACUAAGAAGAAGAGUAAAAAGAGAAGGAGAUCUAAAAUAGUUGACUCUUUAAAAUCUAAACCGAAAAUUAUCAAAAGAGAACAUAAAGAUAAAUUCGAAGAAGGG